AUGGUGGAUCAGAACGAGAAGAAUUUAGCAUUGGCUAUUAAGGAACUGACAGAGCAGAAUGAUACGCUGUCGCUUGCUAUUCAAAGAACCAGAUUAUCUGUUAAAAGGUUACGUUUAGAGUAUGCAGUUCUUUUGGAGAGAUUGGAAUCUCGCAUAGAAAAGGAUCCUUCCUUGCGCUAUGAGGAACCUUUGCCAACGUUAGCUUCAUUCAAGACGAAUUUAUUAGAGUCUUUACCUAGUUCACGGAGCCGUAAGAGAAGGUCGAAGGAAAAGAGGGAUCCUAAUUUGCCUAAGAGGCCUACAAACGCCUACUUGUUGUUUUGUGAGAUGAAUAAGGAGAAGAUCAGACAGGAGUAUGCUGCUAGUAAUGUUGAUAUGACAAAGGUAUUACCUGAGAUAUGGAAAAACAUGGAUGAGGAAGCCAAGAAACCGUACUACCACUUAUAUAACACGGAUAGACUGAGGUAUCAAAGAGAGAUGACAGCUUAUUCUCAAACCAAAUCUGCAGAGGAAGCUAAUACGGAUGUCAAAAAUGAAUCCGGUAAUGAAGAAGAUGCUGAUGAGCCUGAACAGGAAGUUGAUGCCGAUGAAAUGGAUGUGAACGAUUCUGAUGUGACACACCUUGACGAUGGAAUCGGAGAUGCCGCCUCCAGUGUUAUGUCAAGUGAAAUGUGA